GGCCAUUGACCAAUCAUCGAAAUGCACGUCGGCCCAAUUGGUGAGAAAUCUGUGGUUGGGGGCAGCUAUCUCCAGGCUGUGUGGCAUGACCUGCACCAUGGUAGUGCCAGCCCUUUUUGCUCCAGGAGUAUGUGAUGAAGAAAUUGUUGAGAUAUUCCAUUCAGCAGAGCUUAUCCGUGACUUUGAGAAUGGUGCUGCUUCUGCGCUGGAGGAUUGCUGCGACCAAUCUGAGGCGAACAAUGAAGAAUCUGGAUUCACUGAUGGAUGGAUGACUCCCACCACUCCCGUUUGCGGCAUGGAUGACUGUGAAGCACACACACCCCAUCCGGCGGUCAUGGUUCCCAGUAGGGAACCGAACGGCGACAGCAAAGUCGAUAGCGAGACGGAAAAGCAAAGCACAACGCUGGAAAGAUCAAAUGCAAAAGACGACGCGGCUGCUGCUGCAAGUGACGCCGAGGAGAAAAAAAUGCAAUUACGAUCUGCCGACUCCUCAGAUGCUAAGGAGAGCCGACCAGUAAACGAGGGAGAGGCAAAGGAGGGGGAUGGAGAUGAAGCAAGGAGCAGGAAGGCUGCUGUGAUGGCAGACGUAGACGAUAGCAAGGGAGUCGAUGAUGUAAAUGCGGGACGCAGUUCUGCUGAUAAUGACGUAUCUGGCAUUCCUCGAUGUAGCGUAUGCGAAAAGGAGGGGACAGACUGCAGUCAUCGCUGUCAGGAUGAAGAGGCUGUCCGUCCAAUUCUCGAUGAGGCGAUGCAACAGCUGUCUAAGUGCAGCCAGGGCACAGAGGAUCUUCCCAUCAAGAAGGUUCUGCUGAGUUCCCUUUUGAAACAGAGAGCAGAAUUGACUCAAGCUCUAGACCAGAAGACCGUCCAGGUGGAGCAAAUGGCGGAGGUGGUGCAUGCAGAAGCUUUGGAGAAGGAAGACGAGAUAAAGAGUUUGCAAGAAUCUCUACAUAGGUCUCGUCUAGAGGCAGCCUCUCUCAAAUUUCUCCUCACAAAAAGAUUGAAGAUGGAUGUGGAAGGGCUCGAGGCGGGUAGCCCACUCUGGGGCACAUUUCCCGGUCGGGGACGAAGGCGGCGGAGAGGGAAAGACGACUGGGAAAAGCGGAUGAAUCCGAUGCGGGAGCAGGCUUGCGCAACUGACAAGAACAGGAACGGGAACAAGAACGAGGACGAGGACGAGGACGAGGCGAAUCGAAAGCCAUCACCAUCGUGCAGAAAGGAGUCGUCGAGCAAAGCGAAUGAUGACAAGCCAACACAUAGAGAACGGCGUAAUGGUAGUGGAAAAUGCUCCUCCUCUUCCUCUUCCUCCUCCUCCUCCUACUCUUCCUUCUCAUCUGAAGGAGAUGGAGAUCCCCUUUCAUUGAAAAAAGGAGCAGAGAAGGAGGACGUGCCAGGAUGGUCUGACGACAAGGAGACGGUGGACACAGAGGCACAGGCACAGAAGACGACGAGGGGGGAGGAACCUGGACGUUCAGCCUUUGACUUCAACAUGAUGGAUGGCGAGCUGGAAGGAUACGAAGAUUGGUCGAUGACUGCAGAGGAGAUUACUGAACUGCAAAAGAUGUGUGUCUUGGAGUGCCGAGAGGCAGUUGAAAUCCGUUUAGAGAAUGAAAGACUUAAGGAGGAGAAUGAUAAACUGACGAAUGAUCUCUUCCUGUGUUCUUGUCAGUGUCCAAGUGCAGCACUUUUGAGAUGUGCCAAAUAGUCAGUGCACAGAUAUCAGAAGUAAUCAAUGCCUCUGUAUCAG